AUGGCCGAUUCCGACGAAGAGUAUGUAGGCUCUGAAGAAGAUGAUGACAUUGAUGCGCACAUCGUAUCGGGAGGAGCUGGAACGCGGGCUCGUCGGAAGAAGCAGCGCGGAGGCGCCGCGUGGGAGGUCUCCAGGACCUGGGAAUCCGUGGUCGAAAGUGCAGAUGGCACUAUCAGCUCGACUGUUGAGGGGCUGCUAGAAGCUGGGAAAAGGAAAAGGCUGCUCCGGGACACCACGCCUUUACAGCGAGGAAUCAUCCGUCAUCUCAUUCUAGUCCUUGAUCUUUCGCAAUCCAUGUCGGAGAAGGACAUCCGGCCAACACGCUAUCUACUAGCUUUACGAUACGCCCAGGAGUUCGUCAUUGAGUUUUUCGAACAAAAUCCUAUAUCCCAGUUAGGAGUCGUUGGCAUGCGGGAUGGGUUGGCAGUCCGAAUCAGCGACAUGAGUGGCAAUCCGACAGAUCACAUCACUGCAAUCCAUGCCUUGAGGUCAGACGAUCCGAAGGGGCUUCCAAGUCUACAGAACGCGCUGGAAAUGGCCCGGGGUGCUCUUUUUCACACGCCUAGUCAUGGCACUCGAGAAGUGCUCGUAAUUUUUGGGUCCCUCCUCUCUUCUGACCCCGGAGAUAUCCACCAGACUUUGAAGUCCCUUGUUGCGGACAAGAUCCGCGUGGGCAUCGUUGGGUUGGCUGCACAAGUCGCAAUCUGUCGCGAGCUUUGUGCCAAGACAAACGGGGGCGAUGACACUGUAUAUGGCGUAGCUCUUAAUGAGCAGCACUUCCGAGAACUGAUGAUGGAAGUGACAAUUCCCCCAGCAUCAUAUUCCUACCGGAAGGCUAGCAGCGCUCUUUUGAUGAUGGGGUUUCCGUCGCGAACAGUGGAGUCAUUUCCGUCUUUGUGCGCAUGCCACUCGAAGCCAUCCUGUGGAGGGUAUCUGUGCUCGCGGUGUGGGAAUAAAGUCUGCGGCCUUCCAGCAGAAUGUCCAUCCUGCGGCCUCACGUUAAUUCUCUCCACUCAUUUAGCGCGCUCCUACCACCACCUGUUCCCUUUGAUCAACUGGGUUGAAGUCCCCUGGAAGCGGGCAUUGCGCAGUUCCCAUUGCUUUUCCUGCGGCAUUGCAUUCCCCUCGGUGCCUCCAGAGGACCAGUGGAACGUCUCGGAAAAUCAGACGAAGGGAACUGCGAUCUCUUUGCACACGAGGUGGUUCAUAAUUGCCCUGGGUGUCAAAGCAGCAAUUUAA